AUGACAACGAUUCAGACGACAGAUCUUCUCUACUCUGCGCUGGCAGAAGGAGAAAGAAGAGGAAUCAAUUGGAAAGCGCUGGAUCACGGCGUGAAUACCCAGCCACAUACGUACAUAUCUUGCGGUGUGUCCACUCAGCCCGUCUCCUACAGAACUCAAUCCAUUGAAACCGAUAUUCAUGACGUCAUCAAUCGAAGUGUUGAAACGGACGAUGCGAUGCUGCUCGAGAAAAGUAUGGAGACAUCCAGAAGCGAAUGUGUGGACGCCGCAAACGACGCCCUCUCGUGGGCGGAGAAAGUCCGUCGUGACAUGAUGACGUCACCGAUAGUUCGACGGUUACUCUUCAAAACGAUCAGAACAAAUAAUCACUCCGGAUCAUCAGAAGAAACGCACAGCAACACGGAUCACUCCCAACAGACAUCGAUUGUUAUUGAUCGCCUCGCGUCAGCCAUCGAUCAGGAGCAACAAACAUCUUCGUACAGUAAUGUGGACUACGCCCAACAGACAUCUAUGAUUAUCGAUCGCCCUAUGUCAGCCAUUGAUCGGGAACAACAAACAUCGUCAUACAGUAACGCGGAUCUCUCUCAACAGACAUCGAUUGUUAUCGACUCGUCAGCUAUUGAUCGGGAGCAACAAACAUCAUGCAGUAUCGAUCGACCACCACCUGUUCUCGACGACGUCGCGACCCAAUCAUCACCAGAAGUGAUCGACAAGAUGACGGCGCCCAUCGUGGUGCUGCCGUUGUUGGGUCGCUCGAUGCAGACGUCGCAGGACGAGGCGAUGAAUCGGUUAAUCUCAACAGACUUCCAUCGAACUACUCAACGGUCUCAUGGAUCCAAAGCAGCUUGGUGGUCGUCUCCACAGCCGUUGGGCCCGAUGAAG